AUGCUUGAACCAUCAAUUUCCCAGUCUCUCCAGGAAUCUCCCGUUCCCUCCCACACAAUUGUUCAUGGAAUUCAAGAGGUUUCUAGAUCUCCUACACCACCUCAAUUGUACUCCAAUACCUCAUCCUCUACUAUAUCCAAUAGCAACAACAAUGACCAAUUACUGGAUCAUUCCCACCUCAAGCCAGGUACUCAGGCUUCGUUGCUUUCGUAUGCCAAGACAAUCGAUAUGUACCGAGAGAAUGCCAAAAAGACAACCAAUCCAGAUACCCAGUCUGACUUUGCCAUAUUCAUGGUCGAGGCAGCCAGACCUCUUCCGGAAACUGACACCUGUCGGUGGGACUAUCUGGCAGAAGCCGAAAAGCUCUUGAGACAGCUGGCCGGACGAGGCCAUGCAGAAUCACAAUACUAUCUAGGAAACUUGUACGGCUCGGGUUUGUUAAGCAAGAAGAAUAAGGUCGAUUUUGACAAGGCGUUUCCGCUUUUUGUCCAGGCCUCAAAACACCAUCACGCUGAUGCUUCUUACAGGACAGCAAAAUGUUAUGAAGAUGGCCUGGGAUCUCGCAAGGACAGUUCAAAGGCAUUGCAAUUCUAUCGCAAGGCCGCCUCCUUGAGUCACCCGGGCGCAAUGUACCGCCUUGGUCUGGCUGAAAACAAUGGGGAGUUGGGGAUUUCCAAGAACCCUCGGGACGGUGUUAAAUGGCUGAAGCGAUCGGUUGAAUCAGCAACCUCAGAAUACCCCCACGCGAUCCACGAACUUGCUCUCCUGCACGAACGCGGUAUAGAAAACGUGGUGUUUGUAGACCACGAUUAUUGUGUGUCACUCUACACCCAGGCAGCCGAUCUGGGCUACGGCCCAUCUGCCCAUCGGCUCGGCGAAUGCUACGAGUACGGUAAGCUUGGCUGCAAGAUUGACCCUGCGCUCUCGAUCCACUACUACACCGUCGCAGCCCAACGUGGGGACCGAGACGCCUGCUUUGCCCUGACUGCAUGGUACCUUAUUGGCUUACCAGAUGUCCUGCCACAGUCAGAUGAAGAGGCCUAUGUGUGGGCCCAUCGGGCUGCUGAAAAACAGUUGGCCAAGGCCGAGUAUGCAGUGGGUUACUUUACCGAGACCGGGAUCGGGAUUCCAAAGAACCCUGAAGAGGCAACCAAAUGGUACACUCUGGCGGCUGACCAUGGCGACAAAAGAGCUAUCCAAAGACUCCAAGGUAGUCUGGGUAGCCAGCCAACAACCAGAAAAAAGAAAGGUUCUCAGGAUGAUUGUAGUAUCAUGUAA